CUCAGGCAGCGUUUGAGGCAGCCCCAAAUGGGGGCCUUCGGGGGCCUUCCUCCCUUUGAACUGCGGUGGCGGGCGGGCUCACUGUAUCCUGCACCCCUCAGAGUAGGGGCCGCCAUCAGCAUGGCCACGGCUGCGAGUCGGCCCUGCGCCAGCGGGUCGCGGGACAUCUUGUGGCGCGUUUUGGGCUGGAGGAUAGUUACAAGUAUUGUCUGGUCUGUGCUGCUUCUGCCCAUCUGUACCACGGUAUUUGUAAUCUUCAGCAGCAUUGAUUUAUUUCAUCCUAUACAGUGGCUGUCUGAUUCCCUCAGUGAUCUAUAUAGUUCCUAUAUAAUCUUUUACCUUCUGCUGCUGUCAGUGGUAAUAGUAAUAAUAAGUAUUUUCAAUGUGGAGUUCUAUACAGUCGUGCCUUCCAUUCCCUGCUCCAGACUGGCACUGAUCGGGAAGAUCAUUCAUCCUCAGCAGCUCAUGCACUCCUUUAUUCACGCUGCAAUGGGAAUGAUGAUGGCUUGGUGUGCUGCAGUGAUAACCAAGGGUCAAUACAGUUUUCUUGUGGUUCCCUGCGCUGGUACUGAGAGCUUAGGUAGCCCUGCUGUACAAACCUGCUUAAAUGAGUAUCACCUUUUUUUCCUGCUGGCUGGAGCAUUUAUGGGCUAUAGCUAUAGCCUCCUGUAUUUUAUUAACAACAUGAACUAUCUUCCAUUUCCCAUCAUACAGCAGUACAAGUUCUUGCGCUUCAGGAGGUCUCUGCUUCUGCUGGUUAAGCACAGUUGUGUGGAGUCUCUGUUCCUGCUUAGAAAUUUCUGCAUUGUCUAUUAUUUUCUUGGCCAUAUUCCCAAAGCUUGGAUUAGCACUGCUAUGGACCUUCAGUUAGAUGAGCAGUUUCAUAGGCCUCUUGACACUGUGAGCGGCCUCCUGAAUCUCUCAUUACUCUACCAUGUCUGGCUAUGUGGUGUCUUUCUCCUGAUGACUUGGUACAUCUCAUGGAUACUCUUCAAAAUUUAUGCCACAGAGGCUCAUUUGUUCCCUGUUCAGCCACCAUUUUCAGAAGAGUCAGAUGAAUGCCUCCCGAAAGUUUUAAACAGUAGUCCUCCCCUCAUCAUAAAGUAUUUGGCCUUGCAGGACCUGAUGUUGCUUUCUCAGUAUUCUCCUUCACGAAGACAGGAAGUUUUUAGCCUUAGCCAACCAGGUGGACAUCCCCACAAUUGGACAGCCAUUUCAAGGGAGUGUUUGAAUCUUUUAAAUGAUAUGACUCAGAAACUUGUGCUCUACCAAGAAGCUGCUGCUACAAAUGGGAGAGUGAUGUCUUCAUCAUACCCAGUGGAACCUAAGAAACUGAAUUCUCCAGAAGAAACUACUUUUCAGACCCCUAAAUCUAGCCAGGUGCCUCGGCUUUCAGUGCCAUCGUUAAUUAAGACAUCGCUGCUUUCCUCAAAAUUAUCAACACCUGAUGUUCCAAGUCCCCUGGCAACCCCAUUUGGCUCUGGUGUAGUGAAUCGGAUGGCUGGAAUUUUUGAUGUAAACACUUGCUAUGGGUCACCUCAGAGUCCUCAUCUAAUAAGAAGAGGGCCAAGAUUAUGGACUUCAGCUUCCGAUCAGCAAAUGACUGAAUUUUCUAAUCCUUCUCCAUCUACCUCUGUUAGUGCUGAGGGUAAGACAGUGAGACAGCCCAAUGCGAUAUAUUCAUGGAUUCAGAAUAAACGUGAACAGAUUAAGAAUUUCUUAUCAAAACGGGUGCUGAUAAUGUAUUUUUUCAGUAAGCACCCAGAGGCCUCCAUUCAGGCUGUUUUUUCAGAUGCCCAAAUGCAUAUUUGGGCAUUAGAAGGUCUGUCUCACUUAGUAGCAGCAUCAUUUACGGAAGAUAGAUUUGGAGUUGUCCAGACUACGCUACCAGCUAUUCUUAAUACUUUGUUGACGCUGCAAGAGGCAGUUGACAAGUACUUCAAACUUCCUCAUGCUUCCAGUAAACCACCUCGGAUUUCAGGAAGCCUGGUGGACACUUCUUAUAAAACGUUGAGAUUUGCCUUUAGAGCAUCACUAAAAACUGCCAUCUAUAGAAUAACUACUACGUUUGGUGAACAUCUGAAUGCUGUGCAAGCAUCUGCAGAACAUCAGAAAAGACUUCAACAGUUCUUGGAGUUCAAAGAAUAGUUAAGUAAUAUAAACUGUGUUCAUUACACUGCUGAUACAACUACAGAUGGGACAGUAAAUGUUCAGCAUUCUUGGAUCAGAAGAAAAUGGAUUAAUUAGAUGCUUCCUUUGUCGUGGUGGUUGCUUUGAAAAUUAUACUUUAAUGGGAGAAAUCAUGGAAAGAAAUUCUCAACAGAAUAACUGGAAACUGCUUUUUCUGUACCGAUUGCUUUUUGUGUGUGUGGUAUAAUAAAAUAUUCGAUUUUACAGAA